AUGCCCGAGGAGGGCGACGAAGACGACGAUGACAGCCAGACCCGCGGAGCGCCCAAAGUCAGCAAGGGAACUGUUCUACUGAAAGCAACGGAAUACAUCCACCAUCUCGAAAAGAGAAACCAGGCAAUCAUGAAGGAACACCAAGAGCUCGCUCGCCGGCUGCAAGCAUUUGAGCAAUUGUUGACGGCGACCGCUCGACAACCGUUCCCAAUGCCGACCUACAGCAGGACCAUGUUUGACCCCCGCGGAUUCUGUUAG